ACAAACAACACACGAGAUGUCGCGGGGUAGUAGUGCUGGUUUUGAUAGACACAUUACUAUAUUUUCUCCAGAAGGAAGACUUUAUCAAGUUGAAUAUGCAUUUAAAGCUAUCAACCAAGGUGGGCUCACAUCUGUAGCAGUGCGUGGUAAAGAUAGUGCUGUUGUUGUCACACAGAAAAAAGUACCUGAUAAGUUGCUGGAUGCAGAUUCCGUCACACACCUAUUCCAGUUAACAGAAAAUAUAGGAUGUGUGAUGACUGGAAUGGUUGCUGACAGUCGGUCUCAGGCACAGAGAGCCAGGUACGAGGCAGCAAAAUGGAAAUACACCUAUGGUUAUGAAAUCCCUGUGGACAUGUUGUGUAAACGUAUAGGGGACAUCUCACAAGUGUAUACACAGAGUGCUGAAAUGAGGCCUUUGGGCUGCAGUAUGAUUUUAUUGGGCUAUGAUGACGAAAAUGGACCACAGAUAUACAAGACUGACCCUGCUGGUUACUUCUGUGGAUACAAAGCCACAUCAGCUGGAGUGAAACAGCUUGAGGCAAACAGCUUCCUGGAGAAAAAAGUCAAGAAGAAGCAGGAAUUUACAUUUAAUGAAGCAGUAGAAAUUGCAAUAACAUGCUUAUCAACUGUAUUAUCAGCUGACUUCAAAUCCUCAGAAAUUGAAGUUGGAGUUGUAACAACAGAACAUCCUAAAUUCAGGGCUUUGACAGAGGAGGAAAUAGAUGCACAUCUAGUAGCUAUAGCAGAGAAAGAUUAGCACAUAUCCUACACAGGCAUCAGUAACAUUUGAACAAUUCUUCAUCGAACUACUUCUCUUCAAUGACACUCGAGAAAUGGAGGAAAAAUCUGUGUUUGUCUUGGGAUGAGAUAUCGGCCAUCUUUAUCAUUUCUUGAGUUCAACAAUUUCUGUCAUCUGAUGAGUGCUCCCACAAGGACAAUGUACAAUAGUGCUAUGUAACAAUUGUUGAUUAUUCAACUUUCAAUAUAAUGAUACACAAGUUUUGUAAAUAUUGUCCAUCAUUAAUGAAUGAAUAACUAUAUCAUCAUUCAAGUUUUGCAAGGUGUUUUAAGAUACAGCACAAAUAUUUCUUUGAAUAAGUGUUAAAAGAAUUCCCCAGUGGACCAUUUUAACUGAUGUGGAUUUGUGAUUUACAAGCUUGUGGGUCAAUUUACUGUACAUCAUUUUUCAUAAAUGAAAGAAUGUAUUAUAUUGUUGAAUGAAUAGAUUAAAUGAGUCACUUUGUA